AUGCCGGCCGGGCUCUGCUGGACCGCGGCGGCCGCCCUGGCGCUGCUGUUCCUGGCGCUGCUGCUCGCCCUGUGUCGGCACCUGUGGGCGCUGCGCUGGAGCCUCAGCCGAGAUCGUACCAACGCCCUGCCGCUGCCCAAGGGCUCCAUGGGCUGGCCUUUCUUCGGGGAGACCCUGCAUUGGCUGCUGCAGGGCUCCCGCUUCCACAGCUCCCGGCGGGAGCGCUACGGCAACGUGUUCAAGACCCACCUGCUGGGCCGCCCGGUGGUGCGGGUGACGGGUGCUGAGAACGUCCGCAAGAUCCUGCUGGGCGAACACACACUGGUCAGCGCACAGUGGCCCCAGAGCACCCAGAUCCUCCUAGGCUCCCAUACCCUGCUCAGCUCUACAGGCGACCUGCACCGCCAGCGCCGCAAGAUCCUGGCCAGAGUGUUCUGCCGCGCUGCCCUGGAAAGCUACCUGCCACGGAUUCAGAAGGUUGUGAGCUGGGAGCUGCGGGGCUGGUGCAUGCAGCCGGGCUCCAUCGCCGUUUAUUCCUCUGCUAAAACCUUAACUUUCCGCAUUGCAGCUCGGAUUCUGCUGGGACUCCGUCUGGAGGAAAAGCAGUUCAAGGACCUGGCCAAAACCUUUGAACAGCUGGUGGAGAACCUCUUCUCCCUGCCCCUCAAUGUGCCCUUCAGCGGGCUGCGCAAGGGCAUCAAAGCACGGGACAUGCUGCAUGAGUUCAUGGAGAGGGCCAUACAGGAGAAACUGCAGCGAGCCAUGUCAGAAGAACACAGCGACGCUCUGGAUUUCAUAAUAAACAGUGCCAAGGAGCACGGCAAAGAGUUCACUAUGCAGGAGCUGAAGGAGUCAGCCAUCGAGCUCAUAUUUGCUGCGUUUUUCACCACGGCCAGUGCCAGCACCUCCCUCAUCCUCCUGCUGCUAAAGCAUCCCUCAGCAAUCGAAAAAAUCCGUCAGGAGCUGGCAUCCCAUGAGCUGUACCCACACCAGCAAAACUGCCCCAUGGCACCCUGCCCAGCAGCAGGCAGGGACGGCAAGCAGCAACUCCUUAGCACAGCCAGCGAUGCUCAUGAGGACCAGAACCAGCCGCCUGACCCCGUUGAGGAGACAGAGCUGGGGGGUGGCUGCUUCCCCCAUCUCCCAGCCCCGCUGGAGCCCACACAUCCCUUGAGCAGCCCCCAGCCCCGGGGCUGCCGCUGCCCCUCAGACAUCAGCCUGGAGCAGCUGAGCCGCCUGCGCUACCUGGACUGCGUGGUCAAGGAGGUGCUGCGGGUACUGCCGCCUGUCUCUGGGGGGUACAGGACUGCACUACAGACCUUUGAGCUGGAUGGUUACCAGAUCCCCAAGGGCUGGAGCGUGAUGUACAGCAUCCGUGACACGCAUGAGACGGCUGCUAUCUACCAGAGCCCCCCAGGUGGCUUUGAUCCUGACCGCUUCAAUGUCACCCAGCCGGAGGCUGCCAGCCGCUUCCACUACAUCCCUUUUGGUGGUGGGGCACGGAGCUGCAUCGGCAAGGAGCUGGCGCAGGCCAUCCUGAAGCUGCUGGCCAUCGAGCUGGUCACCACGGCCCGCUGGGAACUGGCCACGCCGACCUUCCCCGCCAUGCAGACCGUGCCCAUCGUGCACCCCGUCGAUGGGCUGCAGCUCUACUUUCACCCCCUGCAGCCCUGUCGUGGCGGUGAGGCCUGAGCCAGGACGCUGAGCUCAGCCCGGUGGCGGUGGUCAUGGCUGAGGCACUACAGAGCAAAGCCCCAAAGGCUUGUUUUUCCCCUUUCUGAUGCUCAGUGCAUUAGGAAUGGUCCCACAGAGCCCUGAGCACCAAGGGGAGCCUCACCCCCACCAGCCCAGCCCCACACACAUUCCCAGGAGCAAAGCCCCAUUCCUGCCGCAGGGCUUUCUCUCACGGGUGUGAAGGAAAGGCAAGAGCAUCCUGCACACCCCGUCCUGCACACUCUGUCCUUCACAGCACAGCUUUCUAGAAGUGGAAAAGAGGGAAGAUGAGGGCUCUGCAGGGAAACACACGCUAGGUCUGCCCAAUUCACAGUAUUAGCUCUAGGUAGGAUAACUGUGUCAAGAGGUUUCUAUUGUAAAUAUUUCAUCUCUUUCCUUCACUUCCUAUUAGAGCCACCGCAAAUGAGACAUUUGUUGACCCAGUGGCUGUGAGUGCAGUGCCUGAGUGCCAUACUGCUGCCUGGGGCCUGACAUGUAGCCUUAUCCUGAGUUCCUGUAGGAUACAGAGAGCAGCCUGGCACGGAGCACAGACCUGUCAUGAAUAAAUGUUUGGGAAAUGUUCAUUUCUGAACAGGUCUGCUUAGUGAGGGCACAUCCUGUGCUCCUGCUGGUGCUGGCACAUGGUGGAAGGACAUCUUCAUAGCGCUAUGGUGGCUGUCACAGGGCAGCCAUGACCCUGCCCCAGCCCUGCCCUAGCACUGCCCUAUGCGUAAGCACUGAUUGGUGGCUCCGGGGCACUGCAGUGGUACCUGGGGCUGAGCCCAGGAGCUGGGGACACAUUUUCAGAUGGCACAUUUUGAGUGCCAGAAUGUCUGGUGUCAGUGCCAGGCUAGAAGCCACCCUGCCUGGGCUGGUCCCCAUCACACAUCUAUGCUGGGGCACGCAGCAGGGUGCAGUACUGCCUGGGGCAAAAAUGUGGCUCCCAAACGUGGCAAGUCAGAUCUGGAAGAGGUUGAACCACGGGACUAAGUUAAGUGCUGUUGGCAGCUCGACCCCAUUGUGAACCAGAGCCUCUGCCCCUCCUGACCUUGUCCUGAGAAGUGCAUCUCCCUGGCUAUUGGAAGGAAAGUGGUGGCUGCAGGUGGAACUGGGUGACUGCUGAGAGGCCGCCAGUGUGGCAGUGACCUGGGGGACAUGAGGGACAGGUGGGCUCCAGCCAUGGGAGCAUCGGGGUUCCUCCAUCAGCGCACUUAAAAAUUACCCCGAGAGCUAACGAGCCCCGCAGCCACCCACUGAAACGUGUAACGUAGAUCUAGUUAAAAAAAAAAAGACCCGAAACUGAUUUUGUUUUCAGAUAAACAUGAGCAUUUACAAAUGAAGUGUAAUAAUUGUUACUUGUAAUCAAAGUUUGUUCAUAUUAGGCUGUUAAUUUCUUGACCUCCUUCCAAGAUGUUUUUAAUUAUCCCUUUCACUCUUUACCAUUUGAUUCUUUUC